UCAGCUGAUCUCACAUCUCCUGCCAACAUGUCCUACAAGUGCUGCUCCGGAAACUUCUCCUCCCGCUCCCUCGGGGUCCACCGGCGCUACCCAGCCUCCUCCUGUGGCUCCUCCUUCCCCAGCAACCUGGUCUACAGCGCUGACCUCUGCUCUCCCAGGACCUGCCGGCCCACCUGUGUGGUGUUCAACCCCUGUCAGACGUCCUGCUACCGCCCAAGGACCUCCACGCUCUGCAGCCCCCUCCAGAUAACUUAUUCUGGUGCUCCCAGAUGUGGGUCCAUUAGAGGCUGCUCCCUGGGUUACGGAUCUAGAAGCUGCUGCUCUCUGGGCUGUGGAUCCAGAAGUUCCUCCUCAGCGGGCUGUGGAUCCAUAGUCUUCAGACCACUGGGUUAUGGAAUUCAUGGCUUCCCUUCCCUGAGCUGUGGAUCCAGGUUCUACCACCCAGCCUACUUGGCUUCUAGGAGCUGCCAGUCUUCUUACUAUAGGCCAAUUUGUAGAUCAACCUUCUGUAGAUCAACUUGUUGAAUUUCCAGAACUUCUGAGCAAAAUGUUUCAGUCUCUACUUAAAACUCUCAUAGCCUCUUUCAAAAAUACUAGCUAAACCCUCUCACCAUCAGCAUCUCAUCUUUUCUCUAGUGUCAAGCACUGACUGACUGACUAAUUCUUUCAGUGAAAUUAAUGACCAAAAUAUUGAGUUCAAGUCUGUAAUUUUGUUGAAACAAUUGAUUCAGAAUUACAUAAACUUUUCUUACAAAAUGCAUGGAAAUCCAGAUAUGCUUCCCCUA